UUUUAUUGUAUAUAGGGCACACAGUGUGACAUUAUUUCUAGAUACUUCUUCUAGUGCUUGCAUACAUUUCUCUGUUAUUUUGUGGUCUAGGUACAGAAAUAAAAAUGAAGAAUUUAGUGUUCUUAGCUUUGGUUCUAUAUUUUUGUCAGAUGGCAACCGCCUACUGCUGUUUCCGAGACCCCUACAUGCUGCCAACUACACCGUGCACCAACAUGUGCGGCUGCAGCGCCAAUAUUGGCCCAACAUGCAACUGUGGCGCCCCCUGCAACUGCUUCAGAGAUCUGUCCAACGUUUGCAAUGUUUGUGACCAACAGCCGUCGCCAGUGUGCCAAUGUUUGUCCCAAUGUGGUUGUGACAACAGAUACCCGUUGUAUUUCCCCGAAGUCGAAUAUCCUUUGACAAUAUUGGAUAUUGAUCCGUUCUUCUAUAGAACUUGCUUUUCUCCUUAAAUUGUUUGUGGAUUAAUAAAGGUGUGUAGAUA